AUGGUGAGCAAGGUGAUGCCGGACAACUUUCGACCCUUUGCCUUCUGGGCCAAGGACGAUUGCAAGGCGGCCCCCAUCUUUGUGUCAGAGAAGACUUCGCUGUCCGCUGCCAAUUGCAAGCACCCCUCUGACACUGCUGCACCUGGCCUGGGGGACCAAUACUUGCCUCUCAAUACUGUCCAUAUCGGCAAGACUCUGGUCACUCUCUCGGCAGCAAUAGGCUUGGAUGGCACGGUCGGAGCAGCAGUUCUCCGGCGCACCUGGUCACUCAACACUCAGACGAGAGGAAACCUCCCCGCCCACGGAGUCGCAGCCAACAUGGAGCACGCCCGUGCCAGUCAGGCCCUCCAUCAAGAGAUCUACGUGCUUACGCAGCGACCAGAGGACACUACAGGCUUUGCUCGGCCCGAGCUCGCGUCAAGCUCUGCACUGGCGCAGAUGAGCAUUACCAGGGCUGGUGCCGUUGAGCAGCUGCCAAGGGGACUGCCAGAGGAGAACGUAGACGAGCUCUCUCAUGCUCUCAACGCCUACCUAUUGGCGCUCUCUGGAGAAUCCGAUGCUCUGACGGUCGAGGACGCGGCAGAUGGGCAAGAUGAAAGUGAGGCGGUGGACGAGGGAGUCGAGGAUGGUGGCGAUGUGCCUGUGCCUGGGGAUCUAGAGGAAGGUCUGCUUCUUUUCGAGGCCCACGGCGACAGCGACAGCGAGCACGGCGACGAGGACGGCGGCAGCGGCAACGGCAACGGCAACGACGCUCGCCCUCAGCAAGACCGAGAUGUCCCAGGACGAAGCUUGCUUGACGAAGCAGCUGACCACCUGGUGGCCCUCUUCCCUAGAACGACGGGUCUUCCUGCGCGCAAACUAGUCCAGACACUAAGAUGUGCACAGCGCAUCUUGGACAAGAGUCACGCCACGGGCGACAUCACCCACCCCUGGGACACGAUCUGCGAGGGCAAGCUGAGCCAGUUGCUCCGCUGGUUGGAGAAUUAUCCCAGCGUCUGCGAUUCUUGCUGCGGCAAGCGUCACACAACCUCGGCCAACAACGGUCAAUGGGCGCUGGCGGCCAGCAAGUGCCUCGUAGAGAAGCAUGGAUUGUCCCAAUGCUUCCUCUGUCCUGCCAGGAUCCCUGUUGCCAACGCGAUCAGCCACGUGCAUCUGUGCCUCGAACGCCGUUGCCGAACGAUUGGCCCCGCCUCUCUCGCCUUCGAGGACUUCUGCUGUGUCAGGCACCGAGACCUGACCAAUUUCUACCUGUGCCAGUUCGUCACGCGCCUGACUGAGAGGCUACGCUUCAAGAUCCAGAUGCCAAGCGACAUCUGA